AUGUCAGAUCGUGGUAGACCUGGAAACAGAAGUAGAAGUCGCUCGGAAUCACCUUCAUAUCGUCGCCCUCGCUCACGAGAUGGACCUAUCAGUAAGAGACCUGAACAAAAGAAACCUGCAGCAGAAGACAAGGUUGAGCACAUGGAUCAAGAUGGCGAAGAGGAGGAAGAGGAUGAUGAGACAAAAAUGAUGAAGUUGAUGGGUUUUGGAGGAUUUGAUACAACGAAAAACAAGAAAGUACCAGGCGCAGAUGUCUCUGGAGCAAAGAUUCAUAAGCCCAUCAAGUACCGUCAGUACAUGAAUCGCAGAGGCGGCUUCAACAGGUAA